AAGGUUGUUACGUUCCCAGCAGGGACCGCUGGGAAAUAUAGUCAGGGCGCUGCAGUAGGAAUUAGAGGACAUUUCUUUCAUUCCCAGCCUUGCCACCAUUUAGCUUGGCAGACUCAAACAAGCCAAUUUCAUUCUCUUGGAUUCAGACUUCUUCUCUGUAAAAAUAAGGAGGUUGAAUUAAAUGGCUUCUGAGGUCCUUCCUUUGCCUAGAUCCAUGACCCGACAGUGUUAGAAAAGGCCAAAGGCAGGAAGUAUAGGCCGCCGGAAGGCGGAGCCAGAAGCCGGAAGCAGUGGGGCCGCCGGGAAGUGUAGUCGAGCUACGCUAGGAGACACUACAAGCAUGGCGGGAUUGGAGCUGCUGUCGGAUCAGGGUUACCGCGUGGACGGGCGGCGGGCCGGAGAGCUGCGCAAGAUCCAAGCACGGAUGGGUGUCUUUGCGCAGGCCGAUGGUUCAGCCUACAUCGAACAAGGCAACACCAAGGCGUUGGCAGUGGUCUACGGACCUCACGAGAUGCGGGGGUCUCGGUCAAGAGCACUGCCAGACAGAGCACUGGUCAACUGCCAGUAUAGCAUGGCCACAUUCAGCACUGGGGAACGGAAGCGCCGGCCACACGGGGACCGAAAAGCCUGUGAAAUGGGACUCCAGCUAAGGCAGACCUUUGAGGCCGCCAUCCUGACCCAGCUCUACCCUCGCUCCCAGAUUGAUAUCUAUGUCCAGGUGCUGCAGGCAGAUGGUGGUAAUUAUGCGGCCUGUGUGAAUGCAGCCACCUUAGCCGUGUUGGAUGCGGGGAUCCCAAUGAGAGAUUUUGUGUGUGCCUGUUCAGCCGGCUUUGUGGAUGGUACAGCCCUAGCUGACCUGAGCCAUGUGGAAGAAGCUGCUGGUGGGCCCCAGCUGGCUCUGGCCCUACUCCCUGCCUCCGGCCAGCUUGCUUUGCUUGAGAUGGAUGCCCGCCUGCAUGAGGAUCACCUACAGCAGGUACUAGAAGUGGCUUCCCAAGCUGCCCGGGAUGUUCAUGCCUUAUUGGACCGAGUGGUCAGGCAGCAUGUCCGGGAGGCUGCCCUGCUUCUUGGAGACUGACCAUGACCCUGCAAUAAAGUCUUUCAGCCCUUCUC